AUGGAAGGAAAUGAGGAGACUUUUUUGCAUGGAGCAUGGGUUCGUGGAAAAAUGAUCGGAUCAGGAUCAUUCGGGGUUGUUCAUUUGGCGAUAAAAAAAUCUAACGGAGCCCUUUUUGUGGUGAAAUCAUCUGAAUCUCAAGAGGGGAAUCUAUCCCUUGAGCAUGAAGCUAAAAUUCUCGAGGCAUUAUAUUCCCCUCACAUUGUACAAUGCCUCGGAAAAGAUGUUUCUGUUGGAGAAAAUGGGGGUAUGAAAACAAGUCUUUUCAUCGAGUACAUGGCAGCUGGAAGUCUCGGUGAUGUCACCGAAAGACUAGGAAGGAAAUUAGACGAACCAGUCAUCCGUGCGUAUACAGGAGAAAUCCUCAAGGGAUUGAAGUAUUUACAUGACAUCGGGAUUGUGCAUGGUGACCUCAAGUGUCAGAAUGUGCUUUUGGAUUCGCGUGGAAACAUAAAACUGGCUGAUUUCGGUUGUGCCAAACAAACACACCCAAAAUCAAAAAACCAGACCACUAAUAAAAAGUUCAUGUGCGGGACUCCGUUAUGGAUGGCACCCGAAGUCCUCAGAAACCAAGGGCUAGAUUCGUCUUAUGAUAUUUGGUCUUUAGGGUGCACCAUCAUUGAAAUGGCAACUGGUAAGACCCCUUGGGGUGAACUAGGUAUCUCAAACCCAAUGGCUGCAAUGUUAAAAAUCGCUUCUAGUAACGAAAGGCCUUCAAUUCCGAAAGAAUUUUCGAAAGAUGGUCUGGACUUUCUCAAAAAGUGUCUAGCGAGGGUCCCAGAACAGAGAUCAACAGUUGAUGAGCUUCUAAACCAUCCAUUCAUUAAACAUGAACCAAAGGCUAAAAACAUAGAAGAGAAACAUGUUUAUGAAAACAUGUGCUCACCCUUGAGUGUUCUGGAUAUGGGACUUAGUGAUGACGGAUAUGAGUCUGGUGACUCAGACGAGUUGACAAAUCUAAAACUGCAAAGUAAAAUACCAUUUUCCAUCAGGCGUUAUGGAAAAAAAAGGUCGUCUCAAAAGCAGUGUGCAGAAAAUGAAAUGGUUUCGCAUGAAAACUGGGUCACUGUUAGGAGUUAA